UAAUUGUGCGGCUGGGGAAACACAACCUGGCCAUCCGGGAAGAAGGGGAGCAGACCCGGAGGGUGGUCAGGUACUUCCGCCACCCGCGUUUUGACCCCCGCACCCUCAGCAACGACGUCAUGAUGCUGAAGCUGGAGAGGCCAGUCCCCUUUACGCAGAAUCUACGGCCCCUGGAGUUACCGAGAGGCUGCUCUGCCCCUGGGACGAUGUGCCUUGUAUCUGGCUGGGGCACCCUCACCACGCCACAAGCCACUUUCCCAAACAUCCUGCAGUGUGGCAACGUCAGGCUUAUCAGCUCGGAGAGAUGUGCAGCUUCUUAUCCUAAUAGCAUCACGAAUGGGAUGGUUUGUGCUGGUGUACCAGAAGGUGGAGUGGACUCCUGUCAGGGUGACUCCGGGGGGCCUCUCGUCUGCAAUCAGCAGCUGGAAGGUAUCGUCUCCUGGGGCAUGGAGAAAUGUGCCCAGGCCAACCGGCCAGGGGUUUAUACCAGAGUAUGCAACUAUGUCAACUGGAUCCAACAAAUCAUGUGGAACAACUGAUCCCGACGAAAGAGCUCAUCUUAUCC